UCUUGCGGUUUGAUUGGGGUCUCCAUCUUUCAACUUUGAGCCGCGGCAAUCCUGCAGAUGCUCCAGUUUCCUGCAGAGAUAUCCGGUACAGGAACAGGACACUAACGGAGCUUCGCUCGACCAAACCGCAACCACUCACGAUAUUUGUUCCCCACAUGCCGCCAGCGAUGCAGCGAUGCAGCCAGCACGCCAACGGCCAUCAAGCAGAGAGAGAGAGAGAGGGUCGCAGAGGAAAGAGAAAUGGAGCAUGCUAGCAGCGCUGCAGCACCAGCAGAAUCCGCCCGUCCGCCCGCUCUCCGUUGUUGUCUUCGGGGGGAAGUGUUCUGCUGGCAACUGGGCGGGCCACCGUAGCCUUGCAAAGUUGGACCGGCGGCGGGCUGUGGGGACCGGGUACCUUGGGUCAAUUCUCAGACGGAACGCUGUGAAACCGCCAUGGCUUUUGCCUUUUCCCGGGGGGGUGCACAACCUGGUGUUGUUGUGUUGUUGUUUAUUUGUCGUGAAUUGGGGGGACACUAUUGACUGUUUUCUUGGCUCUCCAUGGCAACAGUGGGAAAACCCAACCUCUUCAGGAAAGCCGCCGAAGGCACUCUAUUCUCGCGCUUGCCUGGGCCUAGCGUCAGACACCGGCUCGGUUGUGGCUUCUUUUGAGGCGUUGGGGUCAUCUUGCGACGACACUCGAUCGGUUUUCGACCUUGCAAUAACUCUCUGUCCCUCCUCCCUUGAGUACGAUUGUAUUGGAAUACGAAGGACAGUCUGGACAACUGCGUACAGUGCGAUCGAUCAACUUUCGAAAUGCUGGCUGACUGGCUGGCUGAUCUGACCUUUUUUGCGUGCUCGGGGUCAUGAAAUACGGGGAAGGCCAAGCCCGCCGGUCGCAGAUUGGCAACCAUUGGCGACCAUUAGCAACCGCUGAUCCAAAGUUGCGAUAUGACGGGGGAAAUAAUAAGACAGAUAAGCUUUGCGCAAGCAGACAAAAAAAUUCUCUUCAAAUUCAACCCCGCUAAGA